UAAUCAGCUGCAUCGCCUGCCUGGCAACUCGUCAAAACAACCCACAACAUUUUCUGAAGAUUCGGCGGCGCAGCACGCGUGGUAAUUCGACAGAACAAUCAUUACAGAUGCAAACAUCCGGAGGGCAAGAUCAUCUUUGUAUUAAUCCUGAGAUUUACUGCAAAAAGAUUCAAGGAACAUCAGUCAGAAGUAACUCUUCAGCCUCAGUUCUCCCCCAGAGAAAAUACCAAAGACACCUUAGCAUAGCGAUGGCAACUUCUCUUGGAGCAAGAAAACCCACGUCGAUCCAGCGACCCAAACGCUGGUCUGAGGAGGUGGAAGAGGCAUACAGACUUCAGCUGGCUGGGUACAGAGAUGCUUUGGAGUACCAUUCAGUCAAAGGCGAGAUCGACAGAUGGCCCAAGUCAGGCUACAUCAAGAAGCUCCAACGCAAGGACGGCAACUAUUACUACUACAACAGGAGCAGAGAAUGUGCAGAUAAAGAUGUCAAUAAGAUUAAGCUGUACGGUUACUAGAUGUCAUAUCACAACGGCUGGCCGUUUUGCAUUGACAUCACCCAACGAACUCUUUCAACUUACUUGUGCUACCACCUCUAAAUGUGUAUGAACUUCACUGUUAACUUAAAAUGCCAAAUUUAUUUCCUUUUUUUUUUGCCGUGGGAUUUUUGUCACAACGUUGGUGCUUUCUCCAGAUGAGAACAAUUCCUUUCAGUGUUUAAUUCUUUCAUGCCUACCAUUUUAGGAAUUUUUGAGACAUUUUAGCAUUUAAUUUAUUCUCGGUUUUAAGCAUGUGGGGUUAAAGAACGACUUCCUAAUAUUCAAAAUGGAAUAAGGAUUCGGGUUAAUUUUGGUCAACCCUAAAAUCGUACAAGAACUACAUACACUAAGUGGCUAAAGAAAUAAUAUGAUUCACUAAACAAAAGGAAGACAUUGUGCAUUCAUUGAUCUGCCACGAGAAUUUUAAGCAGUUAAGGUAAUUAUUUUUCACCUUAUUUUAGAGGGAACAAAUUCUUCGUAGAUUAAGAGAAUGAGAACCAGAAGUUACACAAAUAAGCUGGAAUUUAUUCCAAUGCAAACUGAUGUCCCACCUUUAAAUUAUCAGUCUUGAUGUAUUGUAAUUUUAUAACUGAAAUCUUUUUCUGUAAGUGGUAAGGUGUACAAAUUUUACAUGCAAACAUUUCCACGUUUUGUAUACAAAAUUCCAAAUUGCGAUCCCACCGUAUUUUUUUAAAAAUUAUGUUAAGGUUCUUGUAUGGUGCACGUAAAAGAUUUUUUGUUAAACUUUUAUUUACUUACUGUGUUUAGACCAUAAUGAAGUAUACUACAUAGGGUAACGAGAAAAAUACACAAUUGAUAUACAUGUACAUUGUACAGUGUAUUUUAAAGUUUAGUGCCAAAGACCGCAACUUGCAUUUUAUAGAAAUUUCGUAAUUUGUUUUGCCCCGGAAAACCCCAACAAAUCCUGAGAUUGUUUGUGUCCGUUGCGCAAGCCGUAAAAUGUCUUUUCGGACAAGUGAUUGCAUUCGACAUGUAGCACUUGUAUAGAAGGGGAUAGAUAUGUUAGCUUUUUAUAAGGAAAACAAUUUAAUGUCAGGCUAAAUGCAUCACAAAACACACUUUAAGAAAUAUAGUUUCUGUUUAGAUGAUUGGUAUUCUUUAGUGUUUACUUGUCAACCGUAUAGAAUUGCACAGCUUUUUUUGUACUUUUUUAUUUAUGUAGUCUGUGAGGUGUGUAUAAACUGCUGAUAUUUUGUAAAUAAAAAAUUCUAUUAAUGUGUUUCUGCAA